AUGGGUCGUAAUUAUAAAUGGCAAACAACAACGGAAACAUUAGCCAUUGGAAUUAAAGGCGAUCGUCAUUCAUUAUGUGGUGCUAUUAAAAGAUUUGAAGUUCAUGGUAAACAAUGGAAUAGUUUACUUACUCUAAAAGAACAAUGUGCUCGUCGUAUUACUCUUAUUAAAAAUGAACAAAUUAAAUGGUUUAUUACUGCUUAUUUACCUCCAGAUUUAUUCAAAUAUGUAACAAAAGAUAUAUUUAAUUUACGUCGAAAUGAAUUUAGAUUAAAUUAUGCCAAACCUUUAUACAUGUGUCAAGAAUGUACAAUGGAUACUUGUGAAAGUUCAUCAGAUGAUUGUCAAUGUCCACAAAUGGAUGUUGCAAUAGAUGCUUUAAAUAAUUUUCUUUUCCAACAAAAGAUGAUAAAAACUAAUAAAUCAAAAAAAUUUGAACUUAUUUAUAAAAUACCAAAUGAUGAAAUGGAUCAUAGUGAUGAAUUAAAAAGUCCAACAUCAUUUUUUCUUUAUCUUUCACCAAGUCAAUAUCAAGCCGAGAUUUCUAUGGAUGAUAUGAAUGAUGGACCAUUUGAUGAAUAUAACUUAAUUAAUUCUCAUAUAUCUGCGAAAGACAAACUUUUAUUUGUUGAUGCUAUGCGUUUUUUUGGAGGAUUUCGAACUAACUAUCAAGAACCUCAACUUAUUUUUUAUCGUCGUAGAGAAUUUAAACUUUAG